CACACACACACACACACACACACACACUUAUUUGACUUAUGAAAGAAAACCUGCUUUAUUCUUUGAAAUUAGGCUGAUCUCUAGAUGAAUACCUGUUAUCUUGCCUGCUUUCACUUGGAUAAUUUCUGUGUGGCUCAUAGAAAUGGGAGUUUGAAUUCAGGUAUUUUCUUAUAGUUUAGUUCAGGAAGAAUAUGCUAGUCUUGUAAAGUGCAUCAAUAACUUGCUGGCUGGUUGUCAGGAGCAGAAAUUCUGGAUUGAGGAUGAGCAGUCCAGGAAUGACCUCUCCACAACCAGAGAAAGAAGAGUGCAUGCAAUGUGUUCCCUGUUGUCCAGGAACCAGGGUAGCCCUGCUGGGGCCGUACAGAGCAGUGUGCCAUGGCAGCGUGGACAUUCUCAGGCUGACUCUCCAAGGUGAACUGACAGGAGAUGAACUUGAACACAUAGCCCAGAAGGCGGGAAGGAAGACCUAUGCCAUGGUGUCCGGCCACUCCACUGGUCAUUCUCUGGCUUCAGAACUGGUGGAGUCCCAUGAUGGACAUGAGGAGAUCAUUAAGGUGUACUUGAAGGGGAGGUCUGGAGACAAGAUGAUUCAUGAGAAGAAUAUUAACCAGCUGAAGAGUGAGGUCCAGUACAUCCAGGAGGCCAGGAACUGCCUACAGAAGCUCCGGGAGGAUAUAAGUAGCAAGCUUGACAGGGACCUAGGAGAUUCUCUCCAUCGACAGGAGAUACAGGUGGUGCUAGAAAAGCCAAAUGGCUUUAGUCAGAGUCCCACGGCCCUGUACAGCAGCCCACCUGAGGUGGACACCUGUACAAAUGAGGAUGUUGAGAGCUUGAGGAAGACUGUGCAGGACUUACUGGCCAAGCUUCAGGAGGCCGAGCGGCAACACCAGUCAGACCGUGUGGCUUUUGAGGUCACACUCAGCCGGUACCAGAGAGAAACAGAACAGAGUAAUGUGGCCCUUCAGAGAGAGGAGGACAGAGUGGAGCAGAAAGAGGCAGAAGUUGGAGAGCUGCAGAGGCGCUUACUGGGGAUGGAGACGGAGCAUCAGGCCUUACUGGCGAAAGUCAGGGAAGGGGAGGUGGCCCUAGAGGAACUUCGGAGCAACAAUGCUGACUGCCAAGCAGAACGAGAAAAGGCUGCUACCCUGGAAAAGGAAGUGGCUGGGUUGCGGGAGAAGAUCCACCACUUGGAUGACAUGCUCAAGAGCCAGCAGCGGAAAGUCCGGCAAAUGAUAGAGCAGCUCCAGAAUUCAAAAGCUGUGAUCCAGUCAAAGGACACCACCAUCCAGGAGCUCAAGGAGAAAAUCGCCUAUCUGGAGGCAGAGAAUUUAGAGAUGCACGACCGGAUGGAACACCUGAUAGAAAAGCAAAUCAGUCAUGGCAACUUCAGCACCCAGGCCCGGGCCAAGACAGACAACCCGGGCAGUAUUAGGAUAUCCAAGCCCCCCAGCCCGAAGCCCAUGCCUGUCAUCCGAGUGGUGGAAACCUGAGCUGCCUGGAGAUGGAUGCUGCCAUUGCUGCUGCCUCUGCCUCGGAGAAGCCCACUGCCCCUGUUGGCUGUUAGCGCUGACUUUGACUUUCUGACUGUCCCCUGGCUGCACCCAGGACUUAGGGCUCCUGUGUCUCACCAUUCCCAAGCUCCUGGCCACUCUAUGCUGGGCAGACAGAGCAUGAGCACCUAUUCAAGGCAACUGCAGCCCUUUGGAAGACAUUGUCCCGCGAGCAGGACAGGGCAGUAUCUAUAUUCCUACAGCGACUAUUUUUCUCUGUAGAGAGCCUCCCUUCUGUUGUAGACUGGACUCUGGCUGCCCCAUAAGCCAGGCCUUCAUCAGAUUGGGAGAGUUGACAGGAUUUGCCUCAGCCCUAAAAGCUGGAGACACAGAUGUCCAGAGCGAUUGGAGAGUGUCCUGGGGGAAUGAAGUUCCUUCCACAAACACAGCUCAGUUCUUAGCAACAAACUGUUUGUUUUUCUACUUGCUCCACCUGCAGCCUACGCUGACCUGGCCUCCUGCAGACAGAUAGUGGGGUUACCUGGCGAGGCCUGGUGAGAGCCAGUGAACCUAAGCUUUGGGUGGUGGUGUCUUUCUGGGGAGUAGGGAAUGUACAUUCAGGGAGUAGCCUUUUGCAGAAGAAAUCUCUAGGGCUACAGACAGUUAUGUGUGACUUCUCUCUACUGUGAAAACUCCCAGAGUCUCUUUAGGGAUUUUCCCUAAGGUGCACACCACCAGGCACACCUCAGUCUUCUUGACCCAGAGCCUAAAAACUGUUUUCACUGGGUUCCACCAGUCCCGGCAAAAUCCUCUUUGUAUUUAUUUUGCUAAGUUAUUGGUGGUUUUGCUUACAUCUCAUGAUUGAUAUAAUACCAGAGUUCUAUAGCCUUCUCUUGCAAUGUUUGGAUUUGCUUGAAACUGGGAAAGCUGUCAGAGUGACACUAUUAUAAAUCUUUCUCUUUCCUCUGCCUGUUUCUUCUCCCUUUCUCUUUCAAACUUGAUCUGCAGCUCAGGAAGGUGAGUAUACUUUCCCUGAGGCUUUGGGGUCAGAGUAUAUGUUGUUUGAAGAAAAAGGGCAAUCAGGACUCUUCUGGGGCCUAGAUCAGCUCUUCACUAGCCCUUCCGAACUCCUUGCUCCAUAAUUAGUCUUUUGUUCUGGCUCUGAAUGACCCUGCAGGUCAUCAUGGUUUUCUUUUUUUAUUGUUUUUCUUUUUUUCUUGUCUUUUUUUUUUUUUUUUUUUUUUUGAGACGGGGUCUCACUCUGUCACCCAGGCUGAAGUGCCGUGGCACGAUCUCAGCUCACUGCAACCUCCGCCUCCCAGAUUUAAGCGAUUCUCCUGCCUCAGCCUCCCGAGUAGCUGGGACUAUAGGCAUGCCACCACGCCUGGCUGAUUUUUGUAUUUUUAGUAGAGGUGGGGUUUCACCAUGUUGGCCAGGCUGGUCUUGAACUCCUGACCUCAGGUGAUCCACCUGCCUCGGCCUCCCAAAGUGCUGGGAUUACAGGCUUGAGCCACUGCGCCCGGCCCAUGGUGUUUUUCUUUAGGGCUCUUCCUACAGCCUUGAGAAGUAGAUAGGCAUCAGAGUAUGCUACUAUAGGAAUCAGAAAAAUUCAAAACAAAUGUGGAUUAAGUGUUUAGGCUCUAUGUGGCUCACAACCAGAAGCCUUAAGUCUGUGUGUUUCUGUGUCCCAAGACUGGGCUCACAUUCUGGCUUUGCCCAUAACAAUGCCCUGGGACUUCAGGGAGUUCCCUCAUUUGUAAAAUGAGGGGGUCAGAGCAGGUGAUCUCCAUGUUUCUUCCCAUUCUGAUAUUGUUGUCUGUGGCAUAUUCUUUGUGUGGCGAAUUUAAUAAAUUAUGUUAAUGUGUCUCUUUUGA